UUUGAACAUUUUAUUUAAAAUAUUAAAUUUAUUUCUUGUUUUUGGAGAGAGAUUGUGCCUUCUUUAUGAUAUUUUAAAGCUGAUUGGAAGACCAGGUAUUGCAAUCUACAUAUUGUAGUUAUUUAUACUGGUUUAUUGGCUAGAAUGAUAGAAUCGUGCGAAUAAUGGAAAAUGGUGUUUUGAAAAUGGUCAAUUUUUUAUUUAUAAAUUGUUAGUUUCUUUUAUGUUAUUUUGAUUUUAAUAUAGAAUCACGUGCCAAUUAUAGAUUUGUGAUUCCAACCAGUUCAUGUGGAUAAUUGUGGUCUUGUGUUUACACUAUUUAAGAAUGAUUGUUUCUCAUUUAAAUUAUGCUGUUUUGUUCAACUUAAACUCUUAUUAAGGAUACUGCAUAGAAUAUAUGCCAAGGCCAAAGAAAGCUGAAGAACCGAGCGAACCAGAUCCCAAGUAUGCUGACUGGAUCCUUGCUGCAAUUGCCAAAGUCCGUCAUCAGAAUCAACGCCCCAACAAGGAACGUAUAACGCACAUACUCAAGAUAACAUAUGGUGUUGAUACAGCAACCGUUGCAGAACAGUUAGAUAUUUGUGUUAUAAAGCUGGUCGUAUCAUUCGUGGGAAUUUUAAAGGGAACUCGUCAUAUAAAGAUCCUUCUGUUCUAAAGCCUGGAUCCAGCAAAUCGCCCAGGAUGCCAUCAGACCUCAACAAAUGUAUCAAGAAAGCAAUCAAAAGUGAAGGUACUGUUACUGUCACUUGCAACUAAGGAUGAACGGUCACAGGUAAAACAUUGUUUAUUCUCAUGAUAAACUUCAAUGUUUUUACCGAGAAACUUCAAUGUUUGUGAUGAUCAUUUGACGGUUUCAAUUCGCUCAGCCAAUCAACUUGGAGCUGGUUGAACAUGAUUGGCUGAUCAGAUUAAAACCUGGCAAGUGCUCCUGACAAACAAUGAACUUUCUCGGUAAAAACAUUGAACUUUUUCAUACAAAUAGGCAAUGUUUUUAAGAGUGCUCGACCUGUUCAUACUUAGGCCCCGUUUACAUGAGACCGGAACGAAGCCAAACCGGGACCAUUUCGUUUCGGUCAUAGUAUUAUCUAUAAUAGAUGUUUACAUGAGACCGGGACGAAAAUAACUCAGACCGGUCUCAAGUCAUUCCGCCUGCUGAACCGAACCUACUGACUUCAGACCGGCAUGAAUUCAGACCGGGAUGAAUGUAAACACAAAUACAUUUCAGACCGGUCUCGGCUGUAACCUUGACAUUGGAACAACACAUGCUAAUAAAAGCCAUCUGAAAAAGAAAAUUGCCUGGCAAGGGAAAUAAAUUGAAAAUUUUGUGAUUUUCGUACCGGUCUCAUGUAAACAUGUUGACAAUUUCAAUUUUCAUUCCGGUUUGACUUCAUCCCGGUCUCAUGUAAACGGGGCCUUAGUUGCAAGCGACGGUAUAUGAUCUUGAAUAAACUAGUGCUGUGCACUGGAGUUCUGUUGGUGUUUUUUGGUUAGCCAGAGCCAGGGUUGCUGUGUUUUUACCAAGCUCUAGCUGGAAUGUCAAUAUGACAAGAAAUGUGACAAUUUUGAAGAAUUAUUGUUGCUUACAAAUGAUGGCAACAUUGAAUUUGUUGAAAGUACAUAUUAUCUAGCUGAACCAUUUCCAGCUGCUGCAAACAGCCAAAUUGCAAUACUGCAGAUUCAGGAAGACUGUGUAAUGCGAAUAAUUAUCCCAUGCGUGCAUCAUGACGUUUCUAAGCAGGUUAAUUGAGGGUACGGUUUAUAUGUAUUGUGAGAAAAACAUCUUCUGGCUUACAUAAUUUGCGGUGGUUUUAGUCAUGUCUCUUUCUGUCUACAUCUGGGAAUUGUUUUGUCAAUACUUCUUCUGGUUUUGCUCGACACUGCUGUUCCUUGUUCGUAAACUGUUGAAUUUUAAAAACAACAUAUAAACCGCACCCUCGCAACGUCAAUCAACCUGCCUAGAAGCGUCAUAAUGCAACAGUUGCAAUUCAUGCGAUAAUUAUUUGGAUCACAUGUAAUUAGUCUUACCACAGUUAAUAGAGUACAUGGUUUGGAGACUCGAGGAAAGUACAAUAUAACUCAUUAACUAUGUUGGUUUCGGUUUAUGCAAGAAUUUGGCCUAUCUCGUCACAUGUGUAUUGUAUUUUUUCCCGCACAACCAAUAGCAAUGUUUAAAUUGAGCAUUUAUUCAAGUUACGGAUGGAUAACUCAAAUAACCACAAACUUGUUAUAAUUGGUUAUUUGAGCGAAAAUACAAUACACAUGUGACAAAAUAGGACUAAAUUCUUGCAUAAAGUUGGACAAUAACAUAGUUAAUGAGUUAUAUUGUAGUUCAUCGAGUCUCCAAACCCUGUAUUAAAAUAACUGUGGCAGGGUUCGAAUUAAAUAUUUAAAAGUGAAUAGCGAAUUUCUACCCAUUGACUAAUGCAAUAAAAAGUGAAUAGCGAAUUUCUACUAAGUGAUUACUGUGUUCAUAUACAGUAGAAAAGGAUUAAAUAAUUCCAAUUUCCAAUUAUCACCCGUAAAAAUUUGUGCAAUAUCUGAAAGAGUUAAAGGGUGAUUCCAGCUAUACACUAAAUUUUGAUCCAGGCAAGAAGAACGAAAACCAACACCACAGCUAGAAAGAGCGUCUUAGAAUGAGUAAAACUGCAAAAAUUGGUUGCUAAAUGGUG